UACGAAUCACAGUAUCUUCAUAAUAGUUUUGUGCGUCUGUUAUAAAAUGCGAUCAUUGUUACAAAGGAAUGAACGAAAAUAUUUCAAUUAACGUUAAACGUAGUCAAUUUUGAUGUAUACAAACCUGCUCACCCAGUAUAAUCCAGUGUGGAUUAUACUGCUCCCUGUUGUCUGCAUUUGGAACUGCACCGCGACACGGCGGGAUAAGCGAGGGGAGCGACGCUCUGUGCUGUAGAUAUCUAUCUGUUAUCAUGUCUGACGAUGACAAACUACCGUCUGGAUGGGAGAAACGCAUGAGUCGGAGUUCAGGCAGGGUUUACUACUUCAAUCACAUCACCAACGCCAGUCAGUGGGAGAGACCGACCGGCGCGGGCGACGGCGCGGGCGCCGUGGACAAGGUGCGCUGCUCGCACCUGCUCGUCAAACACAACCAGUCGCGCAGACCGUCGUCCUGGAGGGAGGAGCACAUCACCCGCAGCAAAGAAGAAGCGCUGCAGCUCAUACAGAAGUAUAUAGAACAGAUAAAGUCUGGUGAAGAGGACUUUGAGACUUUAGCAUCUCGGUUCAGUGACUGCAGUUCAGCACGGAAUGGAGGAGACCUCGGCGUGUUUGGCAGGGGUCAGAUGCAGAAGCCGUUUGAAGAGGCCUCCUUUGCUCUGAAGAUCGGUGACAUGAGCGGCCCCGUGUUCACUGAUUCUGGUGUUCACAUCAUCCUCCGCACAGGAUAGAGUUCUGCAAUAGGAUCCCUGUUCUAGCCCCUCCAACUUACCAUCCCUCCAACCAUCCAUGCAUCCCUGUCUUUCCUAGUACAUGAAGAGCCCUGGACUUUUAACAAACAUGGCUCACCUCACCUCAGUUUUCACUUUCACUCAACAUAAACACACAUACACAAACAUGCAUGGUUGUUUUUCUGAAAUGCCCCCUCCCCACGCAUGUUUUUUUCUGCAUCCUAAUGAUGUUGCCUGGCCAAUGACCUGAGCUCUCUUUCUCUUUUUUAUAUUUUUAAGAUGCAUAGACCAACAGUAAAGUGUCUUGUUUAAAGAUCUUGGUGGAAUAGUCAUAAGAAUGAAAUGCUAGUUCAUUAUUUUGUGUGAUAAAACAGCAGCAGUUGCACUGGGUGGAUGAAAUCCUUUUGUUUUUUUUAACCGUAUGAGUUUUAUUUCUCCCCCCUGGCUGAUUCACUUUAAAUUUCAGCAUGACCGUUUUGGGUAAGAAUAAGCUCCUGUCUUUACCCCCCCAAAUGAUGUCCAGCAUACCCCAGUCCCAAGGUCAGCCCUCCCCCACACUGCACAGUAUAGUGCUUUGCUACUCCGAGGUAUCUAAGUUUGCCCAAAAAGGCUCUGUUGCUUAGUGAUAAAGCUGAACUAACCUAGGAGUCUUAGAGUAAAUGCCAUACAGUAAAGCUGCACAGGACCAGUUUAUGGAGGGCAACAAACAGUGACAUCAUCAACCAGCAGCUAGAAAUAUCUUUCCUGCUCCUUUGACCAUCUCUUGGCAUCAUCUGUCUGUACCAUUACACUCAUGAAUUUAUCCUCAGUAUGAUGUCAAACUUGAAAUGAUAGACAAUGACCAAUAAAGCUGAUCAAAUGAAAAGUGCAGGUUUGUCUUUGUGAGUGUGUACUAACAAUAUGAUCUUAAUGAGUGUGUAGUCUGAGAUACAAUAUCUUCAUCAAAGCAUUAGGUUGUGUAGAGAAAUGCCUGUCCAGCAGAGUUUGACCAGUAAAGAUGAUCAUAUGGUCUUGACUCGAUUAGUUGAGGUCUUGGGAUAGACUCUGCCUCUCUUUUCUUUCGAUGGUCUUGAUCUACACAACGGUAAAUAAACGUACACACAAAUGUGUAUACCAUGUAUAACUAUGUAUGUGACAAAUAAACCAAACUUGAACUUGAAA